CGUGAAAUAGCUUGCAACGGAAGUGAACAGCCGUUUUAGUCAGAAUGCGGAAAUGAGCGUGCAUAUAGCGCAUUGGAUGAUGGGAGGGUGCGAUGUUCAAAUUUGUUUCCGUUUUUCUCUGUUUUGUAGGUUAUGGAGGCUCAGAAAAGUGCUACUAUGACCCCCCGAACUAACGUCGCAUCGGGCCGAAGAAGUCUUGGAUUUGAGAAAACUAACUUACGAUACACACCGGGUCAACUAACUGCCCUGAGAAUCCCAACAAGUCGGAGAAAACCGAACACACGUAACGAUAUAGACCCAGAACAACUGGCUUACAUUGCCAAUAUUGAAUGGAAACUGUCUUAUGUCACACCCUUGUAUAAAUUCAGACACACCCAGCUUGUGUUGUACUCCAAGCAGCUUUCAGCUUUCAUAGUAGCAGAAAAACAGAAAGGCAUUGCAGUGGAAGUUGGACCAGAGAUGGGCUUCAAGGUGGUGUUCUCUGUGGUCCUUGGGAUGACAGAGACUGAUGAGGAUGCAGAGACUGUUUUUAUAAAGAUCUGUUCCAAGCCUGCAUUUGCUGUAGAGGGCAGUGCUGUCAAAGUUGUGUGGAGUGGAUGGUUUACUUGUGUCAACGGCAACUUGGACUAUAUGAGAUCCCUGCCAUCUGAUUUUGUCUCUCUGCCCCUCUUCUGUACCAAUGGGCCAGAGUCCAUAACUGCCCUGGUUAAGUCAUGGUUCACAAGAAUGUUUGAUUGCUACUUUGGGCCUUUAAGCUUAAAUUCUAGCAUUCUUCAGUGGCUUGGUGCCCUCUGGACUGAGUGCCAUCCUGCUUCCAACAUUAGAUACCUAAAGCUUGCCUGGAACUUGCCUACACUGCCUCCUCUGGACAUCUCAUACACAGUACACCCACAAGACGCCUGGAAUCUGUGGAGCAGUAUUCGGCAAAACGAUAGCAUGGAAGAUGGCAUUAGCAUUGAGGAAGUCAGGCGUUUCAUGAAAGGACUUGAGUCACACUUCUUCAGACACUUCAGGAUGCAUCUAUCUGCAGGAAUGUUAACCAGAAUUUGCACUUCACUGGGCUCUGCACACUGUGAUGGAACGAUCAAGAUCACCGGUACUCAAUACAUCACCCCUGUGCUGAUGCUGCUGACAGAAUGUGCUCAACUCAAAAUGCCUAUCUGAUCAUCAGAAAAAGAACAUGUGGUAACAAAGGAAUUGAUUUUAUUCAAAUUAAAUAAACUGAGUAAAAUGAA